UUUUUCAGUUAUCACUCUCUGACUCUUUCUUCUUCUUCUUCUUCUUCAUCUGCAUCUUCAUCAUCUUCUUCUUCGUUGUUCAACAAUGGGGAAAGGUGGAUCUGUUAGCGAUGGCGUAAUGAAAAAGAUCCUGUUAUCCUACACCUACGUAGCGAUAUGGAUCUUCUUAUCCUUCACCGUCAUCGUCUACAACAAAUACAUCCUCGACAAAAAGAUGUACAACUGGCCCUUCCCCAUCUCCCUAACCAUGAUCCACAUGUCCUUCUGCGCAACCCUAGCUAUCCUCCUCGUUCGCGUCUUCAAAUUCGUGGAACCCGUUUCAAUGUCACGCGAAGUUUACCUCUCCUCCGUCGUCCCAAUCGGAGCGCUGUAUUCGCUUUCUUUAUGGCUUUCCAAUUCGGCGUAUAUCUAUCUCUCUGUCUCGUUCAUCCAGAUGCUGAAAGCGCUCAUGCCGGUCGCUGUUUACUCGAUUGGUGUUUGUUUGAAGAAAGAGAAUUAUAAGAAUGAUACCAUGUUUAACAUGCUUUCGAUUUCUUUAGGUGUUGGUGUGGCGGCUUAUGGUGAAGCGAGAUUUGAUACAUGGGGUGUGAUUCUUCAGCUUGGCGCGGUGGCUUUCGAGGCGACGAGAUUGGUUAUGAUUCAAAUCUUGUUGAAUUCGAAAGGGAUUUCGUUGAAUCCGAUAACGUCUUUGUACUAUGUUGCUCCUUGUUGUUUAGUUUUCUUGUCUGUUCCUUGGAUUCUCGUUGAGUUUCCUGUUUUGAGAGAUACUUCGAGUUUUCAUUUCGAUUUUAUGAUUUUCGGGACUAAUUCUCUUUGUGCAUUUGCUUUGAAUCUGGCUGUUUUUCUUUUGGUUGGGAAGACGUCUGCUUUGACGAUGAAUGUGGCUGGCGUGGUGAAGGACUGGCUUUUGAUUGCGUUUUCGUGGAGUGUGAUUAAGGAUACUGUUACGCCGAUUAAUUUGUUUGGGUAUGGGCUUGCUUUUCUUGGUGUGGCUUAUUAUAAUCACUCGAAGCUGCAGGCGCUUAAGGCGAAGGAGACGCAGAAGAAAACUGCGCAGGCUGAUGAGGAGAGUGGAAGGUUGCUUGAGGAUAGGGAAGGUGAUGGGACUGGGAGGAGGAAUGAUCAGCAGAAUUGAUUUUGAUUUUGAUUUAGCUUAAUUGAAGAAUUGGAAAAUAAGUAACCAUGAGGAAGAGGAUUUGAUGGUAACAAACAAGGCACUUGCAUUGUAUCCUCUCAGCAAAUGGGCAAGAGUUAGUCAAUUUUUGUGUUUUUCAUUUUGAUGCUUUUAGAGCUAAUAAUGUGUUACUAGAGUGAAGUCUCUCAAAUCCUUUAUGAUUUUGUUAUGCUUUUCAUGUUAUGUUGUUGUAGGGAAUCUCAGUAUUUUGAAUUUAAAUAGUUAUUUAUUCAGAGUA